AAGUACAUAAUCGCACUUGCGUUAUUUGUAACUGAUGCAAAAGAAAUUUUUCCGGGUAAUAACAAAAUGUUGACGGGUGUUUUGUGAUUCCGGGUGAAGGAUUUCCUCGUCCUUUUGCUUGAAUCACCGAGGGAACAAUGGGAUAUUCAUCUGUAAAAAUAAUUAUUUUACUGUGCAUCAUUCAAUUUAUUGUUUGGUCCAGCGAUUUACGAAUUAAACAAUUUAGAACUUAUGAUGAGGCGAUCGGUACGGAGUUCUACGCUCUCGAUUUUAUUGGAAUGGCGAAUGCCCAAGGAUACGAGGCAGAAUGGCACAAUGUCACGACAGAUGAUGGAUAUAUUCUGACUUUAUUCAGAAUCCUCCCAAGUCCUCCAUUUCGAAAUAUAACUGAAAAAACACCGGUAAUUUACAUGGCCCACGGACUCGGAGCUACAGCCGAUAUUUUUAUAUUAUUCGGCCGAGGCAGAAGCAUCGCUUAUGCAUUCGCGGAUGCUGGAUACGACGUGUGGAUCGGUAAUUUCCGCGGGAAUUCCUACAGUCGCAGGCAUCAGACGUUAUCACCAGAUGAUGAGGAAUUCUGGAACUUCAGUAUGGAUGAGUAUGCGCUAACCGAUCUUCCGGUGUUCCUCGAUUACGUUUUUACUGCGACGAAGAAGUCGAGUAUAAAAUUUCUUGGCCACUCUCUGGGUACGACGACAGGUCUGAUGCUGCUCUCGGCAAAACCAGAGUACAACGCCAAACUGGACACACUGAUUCUCCUGGCUCCAGUCUCCUACUGGACAACCCACAACCCAGCGAGAACCUUCAUCUCCACGUUGACCAACUCUCUGAAGAUGAUCUUUCCAAAAGGUGCAUACGAAUUCCACCCACAGGCUGUCAUCAUUCCUGGUAUCAUUAAACACUUCUGCACGAUCAACAGCUUCACCAAGGACCUCUGCUACAUACCAUAUGAUCUCAUUCUCGGCCCUAGUCGUCAGUUUAAAGUUGAAAAUCAGCCUGAAUUUUUCUGUUACUAUCCAGCUGGAAUAUCAGCGAAGGUGUCUUAUCAUUACGUGCAACAUUUGAACACUGGAAAAUUUCAGAGGUACAAACACGAGACUAAAGAUUUGAACCUCAGAAUUUAUGGAAGUGAAGAGCCUCCGGAGUAUAAUGUGACGAACAUCGUCACCCCGACGAUAAUAUUUCACGCCCCAAACGAUCCACUGUCCACAGCCGAUGACGUCGAGGCAUUAAUUAGUAAACUUCCUAGUGGCACUCUAAUGGUCUACGAGAGAGUUGAUAACGAGGAGUUCAACCACGGGGACUUCGUCCUGGCGAACAACGCGGAUGAGCUCGUGUACUCAAAACUCUUGGGAAUUUUAUCUCAGUCUCAAUUUCGUAGAUGAUUUUCUUAUUUAUUCAUCCCAAGAAUCUGGUAUUCUUGAUUUUUAAUGUGAAAGUCAUCCCAUGAAGACAGCCAAUAAACUAUAACUUUUAGAGAAGAAUUUCGUCAAGUUGUUUCCCCUCAACAAUAAUUAGAAACAAAAAACAUUUAAUAACUCAGUCACGGAGAAUGUAAUGAGCUUGAGUAUUUUUCAAUAAUUAUUGAACGAUGAUCUAGUGUUUAUAAGAUUUCAACAGCUGUACUUUUUCUAUAAAAUUGUCUAUGGAAUAUUAAUUCGCGAUAACAGGUAUUGUGUGAAGAUAAGGAGAGAUAAGGAUUACAAUUCAUGCCAAUUGGGCGAUUUUUGCCUUCAAAUUAUCAAUAUCCAAAUUUUGGAAAAAUAUUUGCAUGUGGUAUUGCCACAUGUCUGAUAUUCACAUAUUCGUGAAGAUAAUAGGCACGUGUUGAUUCUAGAGCAACUAUAAAAACCGCGACCAAUGGAGAACGGACAGUGUUAGCAAUAACUUAAAACAUAACGCUGUUUAUUCAUAUUUUAUUUAUCACGUUUUGUUAACAUGAUGAGACACACAAUAAUUGCGAUUAUUUUUCUCGUUGUACAUUCUAAUAUCAGGGCGACCCAAUCAGAAUUAAUGGGAAGUCAAUUAGAGGCGGCAUGGAGGGCCUCGGCCCAUGAAGACGAUCGUUACUACGUUGAAGGAUUUGUAAGUUUCCUCGGGAUGAAUUAAAAAUAAAAUCCCCUAAGAAAAAUAUGUGGUAAAUUAACAAAAUAGUAAUUCAAAAAAUAAAAUUGGGGAAUAGUGGAAAAUCCAUGGGUGAUUGCGAGUGCUGAAUAUGGAAUCGUAUAAAAUUGUUUAAAACAACUAAUUAAUAUUUUGGUGUUGAAUUGUAACU